CAGAGGACAGUCAGAGGAGCUUUAUAAGGUUCAGUGCAACAUGAAGAAGCAGCACAACAAUUGUACGGAGCACUUUGCUACUUCUAGUUUUGAAGAGCUAUUACAUUUGGAAGGAUGUACAAACAAAUUUUCCUCUGUCUGAUCAUUGCAGCACUCUGUGCAACCAUAAUGGCAGAGGCUUCAGCAUUAGCAGAUGCAGAUGAGGACGAUGACAAGCGUUACGUCCGAGGAAUGGCAUCUAAAGCUGGAGCAAUUGCAGGAAAAAUUGCUAAAGUUGCUCUAAAAGCUCUUGGACGUCGUGACUCGUAGGACUUCAGCGGUCUCAACGGAAUGUAAAUGACCUGGCUGGACAGAUUUUGAACAUCGAUGUAUUGAAGAAUAACAUAAACCCUCCACAAGCCCUCAAACCUAUAAAUAAACCUGUUGAUGAACAGAAAAUAAAGUGACCUAUAUGCAUAUA